AUAACAUACCUGCGUUUGGUGCUUACUGCACCACUUCUGACAGCUGUUGAAUGAAUUCGUGAGCUUGUUUACUUGUUUGAAUAAUUUAAUAAAAUUUAUUGCUAAAGUAAAUUAAAUAUGGUUUGCUCGCUUGGUAUUGAAGGUAGUGCCAAUAAAAUAGGUAUUGGUAUUAUACGCGAUGGUGAAGAGUUGGCUAACGUACGCCGCACAUACAUAACACCACCUGGUGAAGGUUUUAUGCCAAGAGAAACAGCCAAACAUCAUCGCGAACAAAUUGUUAAUCUCGUUAAGCAAGCUAUCAGUGAAGCAAAGAUAAAUCCCACUGAAAUUGAUGUAAUUUGCUAUACAAAAGGGCCUGGUAUGGCACAGCCAUUGCUUGUUGGCGCAAUAGUGGCGCGCACAUUAUCAUUGGUAUGGAAUAAACCACUACUUGGUGUAAAUCACUGUAUUGGGCAUAUAGAAAUGGGUCGUUUUAUAACAAAAGCACAAAAUCCUAUCGUGCUCUAUGUCAGCGGCGGUAAUACACAGGUUAUUGCCUAUUCAAAUAAACGUUAUCGUAUAUUUGGUGAAACUAUUGAUAUCGCAGUGGGAAAUUGUUUAGACCGUUUUGCACGUAUCAUAAAAAUUUCCAAUGAUCCUAGUCCAGGCUAUAAUAUUGAACAACUAGCUAAAAAUAGUCAAAACUAUAUAAAACUACCUUAUUCUGUUAAAGGUAUGGAUGUAAGCUUCUCUGGUAUUUUAUCAUAUAUAGAAGAAUUGGCUGAUCCAAGCAAAAGACGUCAAAAACGUAAAAAGGAUGAGAAUGGUGCAGAACCUGAAUAUUCUAAAGAAGAUCUAUGUUAUUCUUUACAAGAAACUAUAUUUGCUAUGCUAGUCGAAAUUACAGAACGUGCAAUGGCGCAUUGUGAAUCAACUGAAGUUCUUAUUGUUGGUGGUGUUGGUUGUAAUUUACGUCUGCAAGAAAUGAUGGGUAUUAUGUGUAAAGAACGUGGUGGUAAGGUGUUUGCCACUGAUGAACGUUACUGCAUUGACAAUGGUUUGAUGAUAGCACAUGCUGGUGCUGAAAUGCAUCGUGCUGGUAUACGAAUGCCUUGGGAUGAAUCAUUUAUAACGCAACGUUAUCGUACCGAUGAGGUACUUGUAACAUGGCGCGACGAUUAAUUUUUAUUAAAUUGACAGAACCUUUAAAGUUUUCCAAAAAUAUGUUUUCGACAUUUAUGUUAAAUAAAUAAUAAUAUAUUAAUAAUAA